CUCCGAGUGACUAUACAGUCAGUGUCCCCAGCCCAGCUAAGAUAUGAUUUCUUCAUCAUCUAGUGGAUCUUCUACAGAUCUAUUGCAUUCAACGCUACCGUACACACCGCUAGCAUCUACAGCUCCUCUAACAACUGAUAUCACGUCUACAGGUCUACCGUCAACUGCCCUCCUGUCAACAGCUCUACCGUCUACUAAUGCGACAACAAAUGGCGUUUCCCAUUCUGACACAACCAUAUUCAUUUUGCCGAAGAAAUACGUUGACUUUCUCAACGAGGACACAGCUCUGAAGCUUGUUGUUCCAAUCAUUUUUGUCGCCAUCAUGAUGCUUAUCGGCGUCCUCGGCAACGUCCUUGUCAUCUACGUAUAUGGCUGUCGAUGGCACCGCGCCACAACCAAGAUCUUCGUUACGACACUUGCCGUCCUUGACCUUGUUAACUGUAUCAUCACCAUGCCGACAGAAAUAGUUAUCCUGCGGAACUUCUAUUACCUUGAUAUGCCUGUAUAUUGCCAGCUUUCCCGUUUCUCCACAUUCUGGAUGAACAACAAUUCAGCCAUAGUUCUACUCAUCAUUUCCAUUGAUCGCUUCAUCAAAAUUUGUAAGCCAAACAAGAACUCCUUUUCAUACAAAGGGGCAAAGAUGGCGUGUGGAGUUGCAGUGCUCAUUGGACUAGCGGUAUCGUGGCCAGCUUUGGUAAUCUAUGGCAAACAGAUUGUCUUCUUUCAAACGAAAAGAGGCUAUAUGAAAUUUGUAAUGUGCAAUGUGGCUGACUCGGUGAAAGAUAAGUGGUAUGCAGAAGGCUAUUACAUAUACCUCUGGGUUGGCUUCAUCGCUACAGCAAUGGUCAUGAUAGUGCUGUAUACACUCAUUGGGGUGCGGAUCUGGAUGAGGAAAUUCAGGAUGGACAAGAGAACCGAGUCUGUGAGAACCAUGUCGUUCCAAUUCAGCACAGCUGAAGGCCGCAAGAUCUAUAAAGGAUCCGCGGAGAAGAGAUCGGAGAAUGCACCCAAAAGAGCUUCAGAAGAUUCCAGUGGUGAAGAAAUGCCAGAUGACGUUUUCAGGAGCAAUGACAGCUCCAGCGAUACCGUACCACAGCCGCGUAGGAAUCGGCUUGCAACACUUGCUUCUAUAAAGUUCACUAAACAAGGAAUUCAAGCUGGGAGGGCAACUCUGAUGUUGGCUAUCAUUACAGCGGUGUACGUUAUCAGCUUUUUACCGUUCCUGGUAAUCACCAUGAUUCGGACAGUUGUAGGAGAUACCUGGUAUCAGAAUCUUUCCGAUGGACAGAAGGUCGCGGUCAACUUGUUUCUGAGAUCCUACCUCGUCAGCAACACCGUAAACCCCAUCAUCUACGGCUUCUGCAACAUCCAGUUCCGACGGGAGUGUGUUCGUCUUUGCAGAAGGAUGGCAUGUCGCAAAAAGUGAGGCACCCUUGAUGCAUGAAAUCAUCGAGGUGACGGCAGUUACUCAAGUACAUUCGCUGCUUCUUGGACACGACCCAACUCCUAGAUGACCGAGGCGAGGCCUACGGAAGUAGCCACUCAUCUGAUUAUAUCGUGACAAAUCCCGCCCAGUAUAGUCACUGUAUCAUUAUAGUGUCAAUCUGGGAACUGUGGUGUACAUGCGUAAACAAGUGCGAUAGUAUUAAUCACAUCCUUGUCAGGACUGCAAGUCUACACUUGAGGUCAAGAGAACUUAAAAUGUAAAAGGGAAUACACAUUUAUUUGUGUUUCAUAAAUUAUACCGAUUUCCAAAAACGAACCAUACAAUUAUAUUGCAAAAACAUGUGCAAACCCUAAGU